AAUUCAGAGUUGUCUCGAUAUAAAAGUGGGUAUUCAAAAGUUUUAAAAAAAUUGGUUAGAAAUUAUUUUGUACAAGUUUUAAAAUUAGAAAUUUCAUUUUUUAACUAACUUUAUUUCUAAUUUAAACCCAAUUACGAUCGUAACCCAAUUACCGAAUAUAUCACAAACUGGACAUAGACGUGAAUGAUACACAAUUUGGUUUUCGUAAAGGCCUAAAAAAGGCGUGAAGCUCUUUUUUCACUUAAUAUACUGAUACAAAGAUGUCUGGAUGUCAAUCAAGAUAUAUACACAUAUAAAGGCUAGAGCAAAUUUCAACAAAAUGAGAAAAGUGCUAUGUACAAGGAAUUUAAAAUUGGAACUAAGAGUUAGGUUGGCAAGGUGCUAUGUUUUUUCAACUUUGUUUAAUGAAAUGGAAUCUUGGAUGUUGAAUGCGACAUGAAUGAAAAAACUGGAAUUAUUAGAGCUGUGGGUGUAUAGAAGAAUUUUGAAAAUAUCAUGGACAGAACAUAUCACAAACAAAGAGGUUCUGAGAAGGAUGAAAUAAAAAAUAUAAGUUUUAAAUACAAUUAAAACAAGAAAAUUGGAAUAUCUCAGACAUAUUACACGUGGAGAGAAAUACACCUUGCUCUAACUGAUAAUGCAAGAAAAGAGAAGCAUUGGGAGGCGUAGAAUGACACGGCUGCGCAACCUGAGAGAGUGGUAUGGAUGUACAUCAAAUAACUUUUCAGAGCAGUCGUCUCAAAAGUCUGAAUAGCUAUGAUGAUUGCUGACCUCUGCCGCGAAGAUGGCACUUGAAGAAGAAAACGAUCGUGGUACCCCGCAUACUUUUUGAAAACGUAAAAAUGCAUAUUUUGAUAUGCUUUUCUUUUGAACGAAAUUUGAAAACUAUAAGCGGUGGUUAGUGUACAAAAGGUAAUGGUAAUAGUCUUCGGUACUUAUAAAAAAAUAUAAUAUAUAAAAAUAGUUUAAACUUGGUUCACUGGAAUUUUAUUAAACAUAAUAAAAACUAAUUUAUUUUCAAAAAACUAAAGAAAAAUUCAAAAUAAAAUUAAUUGAAAAGUCGAAAAAAUAAAAAUUGUUUAAUUUUAUAAAUCGUAAUUACAAUGCAAAAAUAGUAGCUUUUUUACAUUUUUUUAUUAUAAUCUGUUUCUGCAUUCAGUUACUUUUUAACCAGCUUUAUAAAAUAAGUAUUCGCAUGGAACAGAAGUGGCACAUAAAUACUUUUUGGAUAAUUUAUAUAACCAGAUCCACUCUUUGCCUCUCGCACCUACAAACGGGAGGAUCCUUUUUCGUUUCAAGGUUUGACUCUCCAGAAAACAUUGAAGAACAUUCAGAAAUUGUAUUGAAAUGUAACCAAACAGCACUUCUUUUUGAAAGUCCAUUUUGAUUUUAGAUAAUUUAUUAGAUAACACCAUCACACCAUCUUGGUCUUUACAUUACACUGCUUCUCUUUUCCCCACUCAUUUGAGUGUCCCCUCGCUACAAAAAUUCUCCGGAUCUAGCACAUGUGUCUCUUUUCAUUGAUCAUGGGCAAACAUGUCACUAAUCAUGCAGAUAGCUUGUCCAUAUCAAAAUGUUCUGGAAAAAUCUGGAGGUUCACCAUCAAACACACUCUUACGAUUAAGAAUGAAUUCAGCUUUCUCAAAUUUCACUAUUGCUAAUGACUUAUCAGACCCACCAUAAACAGGAAGACAUUUCCAUUUUGAAUAUUCACGAUUCAUUGAAUUCGAACUUUAAAUACAAACCCACUAAAACCAAAGUAAUUGUUGUUUUAGCUUGAAAUUUUGACAGAUGUCAUUCUUGGAUAACAAAUUUUUAGACAGGGAGCAAUUCAUUCUCAUAUAAUACCAUCUAUUGAAGUCCAGUUUAACAUCGAAUCAAUCUUUUACUAUGAAUUUUGUCAAUUAUCUCAGAAAUUCCAUUAAAAUGCAAACAAAAUGUGAAUAUAUAAAAUACCACUAAGCUUUUAAAAAAAUAUAUUAAUAGGUAAUCAUCCAGUUUUUGAAUACAGUAAAACCUUGAUAUAACAGACUUCAGGUACAAUGGACUUCGGGUACAACAGACCAAAAAUCCGGUCAAAUGUCAAAAAAAAUUAAAAACAUCCUGUUAAUAUUAUAUAUGCUUAAACCAUCCCAUACCAUUGCAGAUCCAAAUUUCCUGAUUUCUGUAGGACAAUACAAAAUAAUGCCAGAGAACAUGUAGCUGACGAACAUGUUUUACAAUGGCUCGAAGUAGGUGACCCUGGGUAUAACUUCAUGAUUGAAAGUAAAAUAGCAGAUGAAGUUAUGAACCCAAAAAAUGAGGAUGAAAGUGAAGAUAGGGAAGACGAAGACAAAACAACACUGCCAACAAUGAAGUUUUCAGAGGUAAGAUCACAUCUCGACGAUCAAACAAUAUUUAUUGAUUUUUCAUCAGAUAUCAAAGUCCAAUUGUAUUCUACGCAUCUUCGUAAUUUUAGAGAGUUGAUCACAAAAAAAAAACAGCAAACUUCGAAAGUUCAAACCAAACUUUAUUCUUUUUUUAAAACAGGAUUACUGAUAGCAAGCACGCUGGUAUGAAAUAGCAACUCCACUUUACAAAGAAUGUCUGAAGACAAAUAAAUAGAAUUUUGUUUGUAUUUUGUAUUUUAAAUAUUUAACAAUUAAUAAAGUGUACAUAUUUUCCAAAAAAAAGGCUUUUGAUUUAUUUUAAACAUAUUUUUAUAUAACUGACUUUCGGCUUUAACUGACACUUCUUCCUCCCAAAUAUUACAUUAUAUCGAGGUUUUACUGUACUUGUAAAAUAAAAAAGUAGUUACAUGGCAUUACCAUUAGAAAGUCAGUUUGAUAAGAAUAACUUUUAAACUAUUAGACCCGGAAAAAAAACUGAAAAAAUCUUAUAAAGCUUUUCUAAGUUCUAGAACUACCAUAAAAAAUGGUUCAAAUAAAAACUGCAAAUCUUAAAAAGUUCUUUAAUUUGUGUUUCUAAAUUAAAACACAUAAACGAUUGACAGAUAAUUGAUAGUUGAUCUGAAUGAUCAACCAAAUAGUUUAUAAGUUAUUCAAUUUGUUUAUCCCAGAGAACCAUUAUUUAAACAACUGUACUUGCCCAAACAGUGACUAUAGAGGUUAUUAGCAUAUCACAAUAUAUUCUUUCUGGCUUCAAUUUUAAUAUAUAUUAAAUAACUGUUUGAAAAACAGCUGACUUUUUAGCUCAUAAACAUGUAUAACUUUGAUAUUUUUUAUCAUGCGCUUGUAAGUGGGCUCACGAAAAUAUAGUGAAAAACCACAAUUUUUUAAUUCACACAUAAUAAAAAUUUCAUUAAAACAUCUACAGCAAGAAUAAAGAAUUACUCAUUAUAAAUAGAUUCAAAAAAGAUUUUAACCUACUUAUAUAUCAGAAAGCAAAAUGCUUAUGAAUACCUGGUGUUGUUCCCUUGGUGGUGAUGGUGCUUAUCCUUUAGAUUUAGAGUUUUAAAUAGGUAUCUCAAAAGAAAGACAAAAAUGCGGGCAGCUUUGUUUGUAUAUUUUAUUGUUAACAACUCAAAAGGCUGAGUUAUCUCGUCUAUCAACCAUAUCAAAGUCUUGAGCCAUUAAUUGAGCUACUGUUUGUACACAGAUCUCAUAAUAUAUCUUGAAAUAAAAAUGAAAUUUGCUAUAAAUUAUACUAUUACUACUAAAAAUAAAGCAGGUUCAUUAAAUUAAUAGGAUCUCAAAAAAGUGAACAUUCACAAUCAUUGCCUAAAAUAGACACCAACUAAUACAUUCAUAAUUGAGAUCAAGGUUCAAAAAGACAUAAUACCUUAGCAAACUUCUAGAAUCAUCAAGUAAUUCAUUCCAUAACUUUGAUCCUGAAAUAAUGUGUUCUAGGGUGGAGUUGAGUAGGCAGUUCAAUGCACCAUAUACAGUAACCUAGUUUUCACUAUUGUAAUAUUCACUCUCCCAAAAAUGUAUUUAAGACUCUCAACAGUUGAAAGUCAAAAUUUCCAAAUAAUACAAUAAGCUAGCUCUGGAUUCUAUCUAUCACAUUUGUUUUUUUUUUUAAGAAAAUUGAAAUAAAAAUAUGGAAUAAAAGGCAUUAAGACAAAUGUCAAAUGUACUAUCAGAUAUACAUUAAUAGACAGCAUAUGGUAUUAAAUGGAAUUAAAUGCUAUAAAUUCCAAUCAGAGAUAGUAUUUUACCAAUUUUCAAGAAGUCUGAAAAAACAGACUGUCAUCUAAUAGAAACUGGAUUACAUUGGAUGUUUUGUAGCACCAUAAAUAUAAGUCAAAAUAUGUUUAAAAUUGUAAAUUUUUAUAUUAUUCAAUCCUUAAAUACACCUCUGUAUGUAAAAACACCCACGCAAAACAUACUACAUAUUACAUAUUAAACAGUCAAUCAAUUCCAGUGACCCUUUUCUAACAUUUCAAGUGGGGUGUGGUACAACUAAUUUUUUCUAGAAACAUCUUAUAAAAAUGAGCAUAACACCAACAUCAAAAACUUACCGUUUUUUUUAUCAAGAAUAAUGUCCACAGUAACUUAUUCACUGGUCUUCACUAAAUAAUAAUUUUCUGGAGCCACAAAAUGGCACCUCCUUGAUAAUCAACCUCCUUAUUAUU